CCAGACUUGCUUCUUUCUGCUUCCCCGCGAUCGAAAUUGAAAUUAAUAUCGCUAGCUGCGCUAUAGAAGCCCUCGAGGGCAGAAAAAAGGUACCCAGCGGAAUUUCCGCCAUUUCGCGUAGCCCGCAGCGGUCGAGCAGCCGUGCCAGAGCCGUCGAAAUCCGGUAGGAAUUAGAGGCGACUUCGUCGCAGUGUUUCGCUAAACAGCAGCAGCAGCACGGGAAAAAGAGCUUUUGUGUGUGGUGAUUUUGUGUCGGUCCGGAAUCCGGGGGCCCCAUAUUGGUCGUUCCGGUGUCUUAUCUGUUUUCUUUCUGCAGAAUUUGUGAUAGUUUACAAGACGGUGGAAUAGUGUUGCAGGAACAGCUCUUGUGUUUGCUGGGACCUGGGUGGUUCACCCGUUUUCCUCACAGAUUGUUAAAUAAUACUGCACUCAUUUUUUCUAAAUAAUUUUGUGAUGUUUUAAUUCCGGUUUAUUAUACGCAAUGAGAACCAAAAGGACAGUUCGACCGUCGCAGUCCUCCUCCUCGUCUUCCGAGGUGGACGAUAAAUCAUCCCCUUUGAAAGCGACAAAAGACGACUGUCCGAUCAUACCCGAGGAGACCGUCGUCAAUGGAACCGCAAAAGAAGCGGAACCAAACGGCGACAAAGCAAAUGGUGAAGAUGCGCAUGAAGCAGCAGCAGCAGCAGCAGCAGCAGAAGUGGAGGAAAAACCCGCAGGGCCAAAAAUGCUUCGGCUUGUGUCGAUCGAAAAACUUAUGCGGCCCAGUUUGCUGGGCAGCGAGACCCCGCCGCAGAACCAGAAAGCCAAACUGGCUGAUAAAUCCCUGAAACGUUCGAGGGAUACGAGCAUCAUUGAAAUCAGCGAUAGCGACGAAGAUGAUCAACAACCGCAAAGUAAGAAAUCGAACAAUCAUGAUGCUUCGAUUCAGCAAAUUCCCAGCGACGACAGUGAGGAUGAGAUUGUCGCAAUCAAGCGGAAACCCAAACGGCAGGUCAAAACCACCGCCGUUAAGGUGUCGAGUGAUGAUGACGAUGAGCAGGCUGCUGCGAAGCAGAAAAAAGGCUCUGAAGCUAACAAGAAACGCGAAGGUCGUUCGAAGAAGGUUCCGAAGCAGUGCAAAGAGUUUUGCGUGCGCAUUAGCAAGCUUAGCUCCGAUCUGACGUCCGUCAUGGAGAAGCAUCAGUUGAGCGAAAUAACGGACACGAAGAAUCGGCCGAUUUGCGAGUUUAAGUCCAACUCGAACUUCUACGGCACGUUGCACCGUCGAAAUCGAAGCCAACACAGCGGACAGGGGACAGAAGCAAGCAAGUCGAAAGCGAAAGGAACCGGCAAGAAAGGCACCAGUAAAAGAGGCCCAGUGUCCAGUGACAGCGAUUCGGACGAACCGAUCGCUAGUAUCAUUUCGAAAACAGACAUUCCCAAAAAUAAGACUAUGUCUAAGCGACCAACUCGUUCGAAGCAACAGCAGCUUAGUGAAAGUGAUGACGACGAUGAGAGUGACGAUGACUUUGAAGCUAGCAGCAAGACAAAAGCAGCAGCUGCAGCAACAAGCAGGCAGCAGCGGCUAGCUAACCGUAAGUCCAAGGCAAGGAAGAAUUCGUCCACGGAUGAUGAUGAGGACGAUGGCGACGACAACAACGAUGAAGAUGAUGACAGUGAAAAAUCGAAUGAAUCGGAUGCUUUCGAAAAGGAAACCCCCCAACCAAAAAAGAAACGGUCACGAAUAAAACGGAACUCAUCUUCGUCGUCCGACGACGACGGCAAUGCCAAAAAGCGCCGCAAACGCAUCAAGAACGCCUCUGACAGUGACGAUGAUGAAUCUCCCACCAAGGGCCGUAAGAACAUUCGGAAGGUGCUGAAGAAGUCCGAUCUUGAGCAGACAACUAAAGAGGCUGAACUGGAGGAACGCGAACGCAAGCAGCGCAUUGCCGAGCGGCAGAAGCUUUACAACCAGGUAUACGACGAGAAACCGGAAGAAAUCAAAGAGCUUACGCAGCUGGUGCUGGACUUCGACGAGGACACCAAAGAACCGCUCCUGCAGGUGGACAAACUUCUGGUGAAGAAACUCAAACCGCAUCAGGCUAAUGGAGUGAAAUUUAUGUUCGACGCGUGCUAUGAGAGUCUGGAGCGCGCCCGGAACAGCAAGGGUUCCGGUUGCAUUCUGGCCCAUUGUAUGGGGUUGGGUAAGACGCUUCAGGUUGUCACCUUGGCUCACACGUUGCUCGCUAACGCGGAAGUGACGGGUGUGGAACGCGUUCUCGUGGUUUGCCCACUGUCGACUGUACUGAAUUGGGUGAAUGAGUUCCGAAUCUGGAUGAAACACGUCAAGAAGGGAACCGAAGUGGAAGUUUAUGAAAUCUCUAAAUAUAAAAACAACAUUAUCCGUGCCAACCAGCUGAUGGAAUGGCACAACGAGGGCGGUGUGAUGAUACUCGGUUACGAUAUGUUUAGAAACCUGUCCAACCAAACGACGGGUCGGAUUAAGAAGAAGGUACGCGAAUCGUUGCAAACUUCGCUGAUUGAUCCCGGUCCGGAGCUAAUUAUCUGUGAUGAAGGCCAUCUGCUGAAGAACGAAAAGACUUCCCUCUCGAAGGCGGUCAACCGGAUCAAGACGCUGCGACGGAUCGUGCUGACCGGAACGCCGAUUCAGAACAACAUGAAGGAGUACUACUGUAUGGUGCAGUUCGUCAAACCGAAACUGCUCGGUACGUACAACGAGUACAUGAAUCGGUUCGUCAAUCCUAUUACCAACGGGCAGUACACGGAUUCCACGCCGUACGAUAUUCAGCUGAUGCGAAGGCGAGCGCACGUGCUACACAAACUGCUGGACGGGUGCGUACAGCGGCGAGAUUACGCCGUUCUGGCACCCUUUUUACCGCCGAAGCUGGAGUUUGUGAUUUCCAUUAAGCUUACGCCGCUGCAGUGCACACUGUAUAAGUACUACAUGGAGACCCAAGCACGGCGACAAAGCGACGAAACAAAGCGGGCUUCGGUGUUGUUUUCCGAUUUCCAGAAUCUUCAGCGAAUUUGGACUCAUCCGAGGGUCCUUCGGUAUAACAGCGACCGGUACGAGUACAUGCAGCAGAAAAAGCGUGACAUGGCCUCGGACGAGGAAUCGUUGGGUUCGCUGAAGGAUUUCCUGGACGACGACAGUGAGGCGGAAACGACACCGAUGGAGUCGUCCGACGAUGGGUCGGAUAGCGCCAGUGACAGCGAGGGGGGCAGUGUAUCCAGUCGCAAAAAGAGCAAGAAAAACAACAAAAAGAAGGACUCCGAUGGGGCUGCUGCUGGUGGUGGUGGUGCAUCCACGUCGGCGGCCACUUCGGCGCGCCGUACCAGAAACAAUCCCGAUGCGGAAGGUGAGUUCGUUGAAGAGGUGGAACAGAAGAACGAGAACCCGACGGAGUGGUGGAUGUCCAUGUGUCCAGAGGAAGAGCUAGACAAUUUGGAACAUUCGGGCAAGCUGCAGGUGCUAUUCGAAAUACUUCGCGAGUGCGAAAAUAUCGGUGAUAAACUGCUUGUCUUCUCGCAAUCGUUGUACUCGCUGGACGUGAUUGAACACUUUCUGGCACUGGUGGAUGAAAAUACGCAGAAGGACGAUGACGAACGGGAUGUCGAGCUGGAUAAGUAUCGGGGCUCGUGGUCACUGGGUUUGGACUAUUUCAGGUUGGAUGGUUCAACGACGAUUGAAAAUCGUAGUGCGUCCUGUAAGGUUUUUAAUGACGAGAAAAACUCGAGAGCCCGAUUGUUCCUUAUUUCAACCCGAGCGGGUGGUUUGGGUAUCAACCUAGUAGCGGCUAACCGCGUGGUAAUCUUCGAUGUCUCGUGGAAUCCUUCCCACGAUAUUCAAAGUAUUUUUCGGGUGUAUCGUUUUGGUCAGAACAAACCCUGCUACGUGUAUCGGUUUUUGGCCAUGGGUACGAUGGAGGAGAAAAUUUACGAACGGCAGGUUACGAAACAAGCGAUCUCCAAGCGUGUGAUUGACGAGCAACAGAUCGAUCGCCAUUACAAGGAAAACGAUCUGCAGGAGCUGUACCGGUACGACAAUGUGGCCCCGGAAGAGCCCCGACCGACGCCAAAUUUGCCUAAGGACCGGCUCUUCGCGGAGCUGUUGAAGAAGUUCGAUCCACUAAUCUAUAAGUAUCAUGAACAUGAUUCACUGCUAGAGAAUAAGGAGGAGGAAACGUUGAACGAGGAAGAGCGCAAGGCUGCGUGGGAGGAGUUCGAGCAGGAGAAAAAUCGACCGCCGGUGAUAAACUAUGGAGUCGGUGCCGGGCUUGGCAUGGGCAUGGGUAUGAAUAUGAAUAUGGGAAUGGGAAUGAGAGCGAACGGGCCGGUAACUUCAAGUAACAUUUUUGGCUUCCGGAAUGAUGUUUUGCUGAAGCUGCUCAACAUGAAAGCCCGUCAGGAUAAUCCCACCUUCAGCGAUGCAAACAUUAGUGCGAUGAUCCCUUUCUUAAUGCAGGAACUUGUCCGGCAAAUGAAAGAUGGUGAUUUAUCGUUGUACAAAAGUCUCUUGGAGCUCUACUAUCAGCUGGAGGCGCCGUCCUACGCACCGAUGACAAUGUAUAAUACAAUGAUGAUGCAGCAGCCGCCUCUGCACCACAUGCAGCCGCAAAUGCAGCAGCCGGGAAUGAUGGCUUCUAAUCAGCCUUCCUUCAAUAUGCAGCAAAUGGCGUAUUUCCGCGAUCAACAGCAACAGCGCUAUUCACAGCUUGACGAACCCAGCAGCAGCGGUAUGAGCCGGAGCACGAUUAUUAACGAAGCACAAAAGCGUUUUAUGGAUAACCCAAUGGAAAUAGUUGAGCUAGACUAGGAUCUUCAAUAUGUAUAACUUAUUCUAGAACAAAAAAAAAAUCAAUAUAAUAGGUCGGAUCAAACAAAUCCCUACAACACUGUGUGACUGUAGUGCGCGAGCUUGGUUCAUGUGAAGUGUAUUCCAUCAAAAUCACCAACAUACGGAAAUAAUACUUAGAGGAUCCGU